AUAAUAAGUUUGUUCGCGGGAUAAAUCCUGAAUUAGUUUAGAAUACAUUCCGAAUUGCCUAACAUAUUACUACAUUUCGUAUAUGUUUAAUCUCGAACUAAUUUGGAAUCUAGGUCAUCCGCGAAGGCUUUUAGAGAAUAAUUUUAUUUAUUUACAUUUUACAAACAAGUUUUUUUUAUUGUAAUCUCGACAAGAAAACAAUUGUGCGUUCAAGACAAUUUUGUGAUAUUUUCCAAGACCUCGCAAUGGAUGAAGGUAAACUAGCAACCAUGAAGUUUCCAAAGUCCCAGCACGCACUUACCGAACUAAAAUCUGAUCCUGCCGUACUAUCUAUCAUUAAAUACUUUACCGAAAAAGUUGACCAGGAGGAAGCGUUCUACAUAUGCAACCUCAACGAUAUCAUCGAGAGGCAUGACAUGUGGAAAUACUACUUACCCAACGUGGCACCUUAUUAUGCUGUGAAAUGCCACGACGACAAACACGUCCUGGAAGUAAUGACUAGCAAAGGAAUAAACUUCGACUGUGCAUCCAAAGCGGAAAUCAGCAAAGUUCUCUCGACGGGAUGUAGUACCGAUCGCAUCAUCUUUGCCAACCCCGCGAAACCGAUCGGUCAUAUCAAGUUUGCAGCCGAAGUUGGUGUUAACACCAUGACUUUCGAUAACGAAAGUGAAUUGGUGAAGAUCCAGAAAUUGUAUCCUUCUGCCAGUUUGGUGAUUCGGAUCAAAUGUGAAGCUAUAGAUGCGGUGCGCCCUUUAGGGAAGAAAUUCGGAUGUGAUCCGGUGAAAGAAGUGCCGAGGCUUCUUCGUCUGGCUGAAUCGCUUAAUUUGAACGUUAUUGGAGUCAGUUUUCAUGUUGGAUCUGGAUGUAGGGAGCCAGAAGUCUUUUGGAGAGCCAUCAGUGAGGCUCGUAACAUAUUUAACUACGCCAGUACUUUUGGGUAUAAGUUUACAUUGUUGGAUAUUGGUGGGGGGUAUCCUGGUGGACAUGGAACUUCCAUUAAAAAGAUUGCCGGCAUAGUAAAUAGUGCCCUGGACACAUACUUUCAUGACCUGCCCGACGUAAAAUACAUUGCGGAACCCGGAAGAUAUUUCGUCACUUCCGCCUACACGCUCACCUGCAACAUCUAUUCAAUCAGAAACAUUUAUGACGAAAACAACAACGAAAUCACUCAUAAGAUGUACUACAUCAACGAAGGGGUUUAUGGUAGUUUCAAUCGGAUCUUACGUGCGCAUCGUACUCUCGAUCCGAUAACAUUAAGCAAAAAACCAGAUCUGGACAAGUCCAAACAUAUGUCGAGUAGCAUCUGGGGUCCAUCUUGCGAUGGUCUGGAUCAGCUAGUGGAGGACAUGGAGCUACCCGAUCUGGAAGUUGGAGACUGGAUGGUUUUUGAAGAUAUGGGUGCAUAUACGUUAUCUGCAGGCUGUGCGUUCAAUGGUUUCCCGUUACCGAAGGUGCAUUACUGCAUUACGCAGAAUGAAUGGCUAAAUGUUAAAGACACCCUCUCUCUGCCAAAAGCAAAACUGAUAAUCGUCAAUGAGAAAGAGCCAAAAUUGGAAACAUUUGAAUCUGCUUACGACAAAUGUCGGAUCUAAAACAGUGGAAACAUCAUAGAAAUGUUGGUCGAUGUGGCUGUUUAAGAUGUGAGCUGAAGCUGGGCUGAUGCUUUUGUCCAUUUUGUUGACUGUUAAACUGUUUUAUUUAUUAUUUAUCUAUUGGGGUUAACGUUUGAUAAACAAAACUAAAAUUGGUGAAAACGUUUGUAAUUCUAGUUUUAAGGUUUUUCGUUAAUAUUGUGAUCUUAAGACCGACUAAAUAUGAAGAAAAUUAAAACUUUUACAAUACGUUUAAUGAAAUUACACUGACUCCAUGAAUUUUUCUGACUAGAAGAUAUAAUUUUGUUCUCGUCGACAGUGGAGGUCUGAAAACAAAUUUGCUUUUUGAGAUUUUCACUGCCUGGAAGAAAUUUCUUUUCCAGGAAGUUAAAGCUCAGCAUGAAAUGCUUUCUUUAGAGGAAGACCAACAAUGGCUUGUGUCAAGGCACGCAAGAUAUUAUUCGAUUAGACGAACUUACCUAUGAAGUUCAAUCGUAAUUAUAUAUGAGGCGCUUUGUUCGAAGAAAUCACUCAGUUAGAGAACUGUGUAGUACGGCUUUCGUACGCUACAAGUUUCGAGGCCACAAGUUUUCAUAGACUAACCAAAAUGUUUCUGGUAGUGUCUAUCCGCUGAUCUAUCUACAUUCUGUAACAUGCCAAUUUCAUAUCUUAAAGUUCUAACCUCGUAUAACAACGUCGUCGGUUGAAUACGAGGGGCACUCUUAAAGAUGUAUUUUGUAAUAUGGUCUUUAAAAGUGUUAAUAAGGUCGUUAGUACCUAUGUUCUUUUCAUUCCGAUGUAAGAAUAAGCAUACCUUUACUCAGAACCUUAUUAGGGUAGGGGUGGGGAGUGAUCUCUUCGAAAGAAGCACCUCAUAUUAUACGAUCGAACUUCACAGAUAAGUUCGUUUGAUCGAAUAAAUAUAUUUUACGCUUCGUUCUCGAGAUCACUAAAUUAGGGAACUAUGUAGCAGUUUGAAAAAUUACAUAAAAAUGCAAUUUUAGGAAGAUGUUUCGUUCUUGACUUUAUUAAAGGAACCAAACAUAAGUAAAAACUUAGAAUUAAAAGUUAGUAUUCUAACAUUGAUAUAACCUAUUCUCACUUAGGUAAAUCCACAAAGAUAAGGUUGGUCUACAUCCAAAUUAAAAUACGAAAUACAGAUCAUGAUUAUUAAAAACAUUUGUUUAAAAAGGAUUAUGAAUCUAAAAUUAAAAGAGCAAAAUCCUGGAACGAUUUUGCUUCUAAAGGACACUGGUAGUACUUAGCAAAUAUCUGAGAAUACGGAUUUCAGCCGGCAGUUUUUCUUAAUGUGUUUAACAAAAUUCGUUUCCUCGGCUGAAGUAGGCGCAUGUUUUACUGAGUAGGAAGAAAAUACUUUAGUAUUUAUUCCUACCUCGUUGUAGCUGUAAGGUACGGGUUUUUAGUCCCAAGCAGCAGGAAUUUCUGUUCUGUACUUCUUAAUACUUCUUCUGUACUUCUACUACUUAUAAGAACAUAAGGUUGAUGCGACGCACAUAGUAGGUCUCUGAUUGAAAUAAGGCAAUUCAAUACACGGCUGUGUCCUUCCCACCCGCGUAGUUUUGAUAUCGUCCGAUAUAAAGACUCUUUCUGUAGUAAAAUAAAUGUUUUGCACUCUAAUUUUGGCUAAAAUCUGUCGUCUGUUUGGCUAAAGUAUUUGCUAGUGCAAGUAGGGUGGCUAGUUUCGAUGUUAGAAUCCUUAAUGUCAAGUUUUCAUUUUCCCUCAGAUGCUCUAGGAAAUUUAAAACUAGCUCUGGGUUCCCAGUGAAAUUAUACGUUCUUCUUUGGGGUCGAAUACGGGAGAUUCCCUUUAAGAAUCCUUUAAUUUGUGGUUGCCUAUACUGUCAAUAGAAAUCAAAAAAAUAGCACUUCUAAAUAAGUUAAACGAUCCGUCGGAAAUGCUUUGUGAUUCUAAAAUCGAUUGAAGAAAUUCAAUUACGUUACUUAGUUCCAUCUCAAACAUUGGUAAUUGUUUUUUCAAGUAGCAUUACCACCAAGGCACUUCAUAUUUCUUUACUGUAGAUGAUGAAAGGGAUUCCAUAGCUUUCAAAAUGCUGCAUGCUGGCAUCCCCUUUCUUGAUAAGUGCCCUACCACCAAGGAGAGUCCAGUGGGUAAAUUGCUCCUGGAAAAAAGGAUUAGAACCUUUUCAGAAUUGAAGAAUAUAGGUUCGCUCACUAAAAGGCUUUUAAACAAAUAAGGGUACCAUGGUUGAGUUUCCCAAUUUGGUACCACCAUAAUACCCUCUGCUUUAUCUGAAACUACCCUAUAUAUGUUCUUGGAAUAAGGGAGAAUGGAGGGCAACCAUAAAAGAAAAAGUCUGACCAACAAAUGCUAAUAGCAUCUACUGCAAAGUCUUGAAAACCUGGGCGUCAUGAUACAGAUCUUUUACAUUUAAAAUUUAAAUUGAAGACAAAAAAUCUAUGUUUGGGGAACCAAAUCUCUGCUUAACCGUUAAGGGUGAUUUCUUUCUUAAUGAAAUAUGAUUAUAUAAUGAGUAAUAAAAUAUGAAAAAGACCUUUUAAAUAAUUCUUUAUUGUGCGACGGAAUAGUUAGAAGAUCCUUCCGUCUAAUAUUAAGAUUAUGCACAUCCGUACGAAAUUUGACUGUUUUAAAUAAAUAUAGAGGUGUUUUAAAUUUAAGAAUUUUAUAAAAAAAACAGAAUAAAAACAUGUAAGUUUCGUCGGCAGUGCAUACUUAACCAGUUCGCUUCAGUUAACUUAUGAGAUAUGUGGUAUCUCCUCCUUACACCAUAAAUAAGCCUUAGGCAACAGUUUUGAAGCUUCUGAAUUCUGGCAUCAGAAUAAUCUAGACAGGGGCCAUAGAUGGUGUCACAAAAGUUUAAUGGUGAUAAAAUCAACGAAUCACGUAGCAGUUUUUUAAUUUUAGGGCUUAAAGAAUGCCUGAGAAAAAAUAUAGACUUUAGAGCAGAAUAUCCAUUUCUUAACUUAAAAGUGACAUGUUCUUGCUUAAACGCAAAUUUUAAUUUUUCAAGAUAUAUGCUCGGUGAUUAUCACUACAGAAAAGAAUGGCAAUUGAUUUAGUAGGGUUAAUUUUUAAGAGCAGCUUUUGGACCUCAAGAUAUAGCAUAUUUAAAUUUUCAUUAAUACAUUGAUUAGCAUUAACUACCUCAGAACUUUUGAAUGAAAAGUGAAGCUGCGUGUCAUCUGCAUAGCAAUGAUGUUUGCAGUGUGUUAAAUUAUUAGUGAUUUGUGAUGUAUAAAGGAUAUAUAAUAACAGGCCCAAAACGCUACCUUGAGGCACGCCCAAUGUGACAGCAAGUACAUCAGAUACUCUACCAUCAAGUAUAACCCUUUGCUUACGGUUAGAUAAAAAAGAUGCGACCAAUGCUAAAGCUGAAUUACCAAAUCCGAUAUAUGCCAAUAUACCCAAUAACGUCUCAUGAUUUACCAUGUUAAAAGCCUUUGUGAAGUGUAUGAGAACCAUAACUGUAGCCUGAUUAUUGUCAAGGGCCUUAAAUAUAUCGUCAGUUACUUAUGACAAAGCAGUGGCACAACUAUAACCUCUACGGAAUCCAGAUUGAUUCUUGGGUAACAGACUAUUUUGGUUCAAAUAUUCCAAUAUUUGGCUUUCCACAAUCUUCUUCAGUACCUUUGAGAAUACUAGAAGAAUGGAUAUAGAACGAAUUUGAUUAAACUUUAAUUAAAUUAGGGAAAUAGCUUUUUUUCAAACAUACAUUAAUAAUAUGAGUUAGUGGAUCUAGAAUAGCAUAAUAAGAUUUAUAUUUAGAUGGUCAGCUCCAAAUGCUUUACUUUUUAUUUUGUUUAAGAUACUUAUAAAGGUAUCUUGUGUUAUUAACUUAAAUUGAAACUCGUUUAAUGUAAUUCUAUGCUCUUUAAAGAACCUGAUAAACUCCUCAUUUGGACUAUUUGCAUUGUUAUUGUUUAUGCUGGAAAAAAAUUUAUUUAAUUCAUCCACAUUUUGUAAGGAUAUAGGCAAUUGUUUAUUUUUUUAUGAGAAAUGUUAUUUUUUUUAAAUUCUUUCCAGGCUUCUUUGUUAGUAGAGUUCUCGAAUCUGUAGGUCAAAUACGUUUUUUUUCUGCUAUAAUUGCACUGGUAGUAAAAUUGCGAUAUUGCUAGUCUCCUUGUUCUUUCGAGUUUCUAAAUUUAUUUAAAGCCAUGUUACGAAGUCUAAUGUUGGGAGUAAUCGAAGGACUAUAAGGUUUAUUUUUUCCAGUUACGGUCCUCAAAGGUGCGUGCAAGUUCCUAACCUGAAAUGAACCAGAAACAGAUUGAACCAGAAAAUCCACCUUGUCAUUUACAUGUUCCAUAUUAUACAUUAAAUGCCAAGGAAUAGACAUCAUAUCGAUCUGAAAUCGAUUAUUUUCGAUGUUAUUUAAAUUUCUGUAAGUGAAAUUACAUUGAAUUGGCUUGGGUGCCUCCAACCUAAAAGAGCAAUAAACUAACAUAUGCUCCGAUAUAUUUAUAUCUCGUAUUCCACUAUCAUCUAUCAAUUCAUUGUUAGAAAAGAUUAAAUCAAAUAGUAAAAUUCAAGUCAUCUAUUUAAGUACCUAUAAAUGUUGUACAGUAAAAUCAAUCGGUAUCAUAAAAUCAUAUGAGCAAAGUAUCACUGUACUACCGUAUUUCUGUUUAGAUCGCACAACCAAUCAUCGUUUGUCUCUUUUCACCAGCCAUUUUGAAAGACGUUUGUUGGUUAACUUCUAUCGAUACGCGUGGUAAAGCAAAAUUAAGGUAUUUUAAGGUUAAUUAACCACCCUGAGUGGGAUUUUAAUUUUGUUAAUGGGGUAUAAGGUUUGUUGCUGUUGAGCAUUUGUGAUAUUGGCCAUAACUCAUUCCACUUGGCGAGACUCAAUUUAUUCCCUACGUAAGUGAAAUUUACCCAUUUUUUAAUGACAUUAUCUCUUGAAGGCUGUAUAUUAACUUGUCUUAAAUUUUAUUAUAUCUAGUCCAAAAGAACUUAUUGCUGAAAAUAUUGUCUCUGCCUGAAAACAGGUCUUAAUCUUAAUAACUAAACCAUAGGCUUAAAACUCUCGUCCAUUAGAGCUAAAAAUAAACUUUCACUCCCAGGCCUUACUUAAGCUUACUUUUCUUAAGGGCUUUUUUAUCUAGUUUUCGAUUUUCCGCAGUCUUUUGUGGUGUCAAGCUUCUCCCAACUUAGUAAUCCUACUCCAGAGGCUUAGAACCAGCUCCAGGAAAGUCUCUAUGUAACUGGCAUUUUCCCCAAGCCUGAUAAUAGCUAUAUAUACUAGUAUAAUGGUAAUAUGGCUAUAUUACUCCUCUGUCUAUUACCACCAAGGCCAACCUGGAAUGCAGUACGGAGUGCAGGAACGUGCAAGCACCACAUUAAUUAACCACUUUCUUAAUUGACCGUUUAAUAGUAUCAACUAUAACGGGUGACACAGGAAAAGGGGACACUUAAUAACUUUUUUACUUUUCAAGAUGAAAACUUUUCAAACAAUGAAAUUUGGUAUAUAGGUAGAAUAGUCAUAAGAGCAUUUUUUGACAUAUUUUGGUAUUUUUUGUUACUUCCGGGUUUAACAGGAAGUGACACAAACUUUUUUAUUGAAAACUGGUAUAUUAUUUCGUAUUUUGAUAGAAAAUAAUGAUAUCGCAUUUGCUACUUUUUAUUUUAUACUCAUAGAAAAAAUCAAUUUUUUAAAUUUUGAAAUAAGGUGCCAUAAAUGCGUUGAAAAUUUUAAUUUUUGAUCAAGUAAUCACGGAAAAAUAAUAUUCAUUGUGAUUUUUUUCUAUACUUAAGUAUAAAACAAAAAGUAGCAAAUGUAGUAUUAUUGUUCUCAGAAUAAAAUUUUCUAACAAAUUCAUAAUAAUAUACCAAGUGUCUCAUUCAAAAUAAGAAAGUUAGUGUCACUUCCGGUUAAACAGGAAAUUAUGGAAAACAACUGAAAAUGUCAAAAGAUGCUCUUAUAGCAGUUCCAUUAAUAUAUCAAAUUUUAUUUAAUUAUCUUGAAGGUAAAAUAGUUAUUAAGUGUUCUCUUUUUCCUGAGUCACCCGGUAUAAAGUUACAAACUUUUAGGGUAGAUAGAAAGCGUCAAAAAAAAGAAAAGUUCAUAUGAACAUGGGUUCGAAAAUGCUUCCUCAGGGAGCUAGAGCUCUUUGAAGAUAACCUUUAAAAACUAGUUUUCGUUUUAUAGCUUCGGAACUACUUUAGCUACCACAACCACUUUUGGGACAUAAAUUAUUGUUAGAACGUUUAUUCUUUUGAAUCUACUAAACAAAAAUAAUUUUAACCAGUGGCGUGAAACCAGAGGGAUAUUUGGUAAAUUUAACCCCAUUUCUUUAAAAUUUCUGCUCAAUUGUGUCAGAUUAUUAUGCUCUUAUGCCUUUUGCAAAAAAAGGUAUUCUCAACAAAAAUUGCUAUAUAUCACCGUUUUUGCAAGUAUUGACUAAAAGUAAAUUAAGAUACAGCUUUUUUUAUUAAUAAUGCUUUUUUAAGUUGAUUUGCCCAAAAGCGAUAGUGCAUGUUAACAAGGUUUGAGAAUUAAUCAGGACUGAACUCAAACUUUCUGCUGGACGUCCCACAACACUGUGCAAUCAAGUAAUUUAAAAAUUACAUACAUUUAUAUCUACCAUUUCAAAAAAAUCUUUUAACCUCUAUAAAAUUUCAUGUUUAAAUUAAAUAAAAUUACCCAUAUAAAGCUUCAAUUCAAUUUUAAUAAUAUAAUCCUAGAGUAGAAACAAGCCACAACCCGUAAAAAGAUUUAUAUUUUAGGACGCAUCCUAUUACUAUCGUUUUUCGGCAAGUGGAAUAACAUUUUAUUUCUACAUGGUCUUAAUUCCCUUUUUUAUCAUGGUUAAGUAAUGGAAGUUAAGUAAUAUACUUUUGCUGAAUAUGCCGUUAUACUAUUAAGUAAUGGGGAAUUUGGAUGCAAUGGUAGAGCUGCUUCUCGAUUAUAUGAAGAGCGCUUUCCAGCUCGCACACUUUUUGAAAGGGUCAAUCGACGGCUCAGGGAGACUGGCCCCGUAAAAGUAAAACGGCCAGAUAAUGAUCGCAAAGGAAUAUCCGAACCCUGAAGAAGUACUUGAAGGAUUUGAGGAUAAUCCAUCUGUAGUACACAAUCAGUAGCUGAUGCCAUGGGUGUAAAUCAUGUUAGAGUAUGGAACGUAGCUCAUGAACAGCUUUUUCGGCCCUACCUCCUGCAAAAAGUUCAAUUAUUGGGACCAAAUGAUUUCAUGCCCCCCCGUAAAUUUUUGCCAGUUGUUUCUUGACCGGUGUAAAGAAGAAACUCAAUUUCCAAUAUAUGUCAUUUUGAUUGAAGAAACUAUAUUUACGAAAGAAGGCAUUUUUAAUUUUGAAAUAUAAUCAUUUAUGGGCCGAGGAAUACCUACAUGGUAUUAUACAUUUAAGGGGAUAUGAACAUAGGUUCUCGAGAACGAUUAUUUGGUCCAAUUAUGUUGACUGCUCGUCUAGCGGUAACAAUUAUCUAAUUUUUUUAAGACACGUACUGCCAGGACAGAAGAUGAUUUGCCUCUAAUCAUACGACAAAAUUUAUGGCUACAACAUGAUGGAGCGCCAGCUCAUUUUUCACUUGUCGUUCGCGAGUUUAUAAAUGAAAAUUUUGGAUGGCGCUGAAUUGGCUGCGGAGGCCCUGUCACCUGGCCAACGCGCUCCUUUGAUUUAACACCCUUAGAUUUUGUUCUUUGGGGGCAUAUGAAAAGUGUCGUUUAUGAAGCUCUAGGGGAAUCAGAGGAAGAUUUAGUGGCUUGAAUUUCCGCAGCUGUUGGAGUAAUACAAACCAUGCCUGAUGUUUUUAACUACGUCAAGCUUAAUCUUAAUCUGCUGCGUAGGUAGGUAAACGUAUCAAGCAUUGAGGCCAGCAUUUUGAGCAAUAUUACUUUAAGUUUUUUUUAAUUCCAAUUGUAAGAAUUUGUUUAUGUUUAUAAAAUUGUUGAUUUGUUGUUUUUUUUAUUACACUUAAAAUAAUUUAAGUAAGUUAAUUUAUUACCAAAUUAAUCAAGUGCUACUUUAACUUUUCUAAGACAGUUCUUUUUUAUUUACGGCACAGAUUUAAUUUUCUAAGUAUAAUUGCUUUUUGUAUUUUAUUACUUGCUUUUAGCCAAUUUUCAUAAGAAUGCUGAUAUUUAGCGAUAUUUACUAAGAGCACCUUUUUUAUCCAAAAUGCAUAAGUUCAUAAUUGAUGCCCAAACGGGCAGAAAUUGAAUGCUUAGAGAAAUGGACAAUACCCCCCUUGGUUUGCACGCCUCUGGUUAAAAUAAUUUUUGUUUAAUAGAUUAAAAAGGAUAAACGUACUAACAAUAAUUUAUGUCUCAAAAUUGAUUGCGGUUGCUAAAGUAGUUCCAAAGCUAUAAAACGAAACCUAGUUUUUAAAGGCUAUCUUCAAAGAGCUGUAGCUCUCUGAGAAAGCAUUUCCGGAGCCAUGUUCGUACGAACUUUUCUUUAAUUUUUUUUCGUAAGUUUAAGUAUUUCAUUGUUCUUCCUUGCCCAUUUUUCUCAAUUUACUCAAAUAAUAAAUUACGGUUUAUGAAACAAAAGGUUAGAAUACUGGCAAUGUAUGUACAACAUGUAAUAGCUUAGUAAUGUUUUAAAAAUCUUAGUAUUAGAUUCUUGUAAAUUAAUGUUAAUUAACGGUAAAGCUGAUUAAAAUUACAAUAUUUGAUAUA